GUGUAAGGCUGUGGGGAAAAAAUGUUAAUUAUUACGUAGUAUUCUGUAUAUAGACGUAGGAGGAUGUGGCGGAGAUGUGGCUGAAUAAUGGGAAACGUCUUUGGGAAAAAGAGCCGACCUUCUCGAGUAACGGAGCAAGACAAGGCAGUUUUGCAACUGAAACAGCAGAGAGAUAAGUUGAAGCAGUAUCAGAAGAAAAUAAACUUACAGCUCGAAAAAGAACGACUUCUGGCAAAGCAGUUGAUAAAAGAUGGCAAAAAAGAGAAAGCACUGCUGCUUCUGAAGAAAAAAAGAUAUCAGGAUCAGUUAUUAGACAAAACUGAAAGUCAGAUUUCCAACCUCGAGCGCAUGGUUCAAGAUAUCGAGUUUAUGCAGAUUGAAAUGAAAGUCAUUGAGGGACUUAAGGUUGGCAAUGACUGCCUGAAAAGUAUGCACCAGAUCAUGUCAAUAGAGGAUGUGGAAAGAAUCCUUGAUGAGACCCAGGAAUCUAUUGAAUAUCAAAGGCAAAUAGAUGAAAUGUUGGCUGGAGCCCUGACUCAGGAAGACGAGGACGCUGUUUUGGCAGAGCUGGAAGCUAUCACUCAGGGAGAAGACAUAGCACUUCCAGAAGUCCCUACGGAGCCAUUACCAGAGAUACCAGAGGCAGCCAAAGCCGAACCAGAGAGAAGAGAACUGAAGAGCAAACCGAACAGAGAGAUGCUAGCAGCCUGACGGAGCCGUCAGAGUUGGUGGUUGAUAUCCAGUGUUGAGCUGCAAGUAAACAUAGCAGCAUCUCUUUGUUCUUAGUUUUGGUUUUUGAAGGUGAGACCUGCAGACAUCAGAGAAUCCUCAUACAUUUUACAGCAUCUGCUCUGUCUGUACUCUGAUCUGAUCCAAACCAGUUAAUUUCAUGGUCAUUUUUAGAUGUUUUAAACAUUCAUUUAAGUUGUUUUACUAAUUAAAUUUAGCUGUGAGAACAGAUGUGGUUUUGAGUAUUUCUUUUUUUCAAAAACUGAUUCUAUAUUUUUCUUUGUAACUAUUAACAUGGCCUGUAGAGCUAUUCAUUAAUUGAUGGUCCAUGGGCCACACGGGGCCUGCAAAACCAUCCUAAUGGUCUUUAAAACAUUAAUAACUCACAGUAUAUGUGAAGGAAGAAAAGGUUGAAAAAGAAAGAUGAAAUAUUGCACUGAGAGUGUCCUUUUUUUUCUCCUAGCAGCAGCUGAGUAUUCAGGGUUCGACUCCUGAGAAGUGUGUGUGGUGUAAUGAUGACACUUUCUGGCAAUGGCCACAUUAAAUUGGGAAAGAGAAAGACCAAUUUAAGUUUACUGACAGCCGGUUUGAUGUUG